GGCGUUCGAUACCGAUACAGUUAGAUUGGCGAGAGUUUAAAAAAACACAGAUACAAAAAAGUCUGAAGGAAUUAAGGAAUGUUCAGCGCCGAAACCAAAUAGUGCCGAGGGAAAACGGCAUCUAAAUACAACUGUCAGGUUAACUGUAAUGCUCGUAGAAAGUCAAUCGUAGAAAGAAAACCCCGACGAUGUGGAGAAACCUGAAUUAUGGCCUAAGUAUGCUCUGGCUGGCCAUCUUGGGCGCCAUUCUGGUAUGGUCAGCAGCGCUACGAGGUGUCAAGUCGGAACCACGAAAUCAAGCGUAUCAAAUAAAUCCAAAGCCUUGUUGGGUGGACGGACACGAAGGAACUUGCAUGUUUGUGUAUGAAUGUAUCAAGUCUGAAGGUUACCAUAUAGGAAUGUGCGUGGACACGUUUAUGUUCGGCUCGUGCUGUGCCCAUAACACCACCUCGAAUACAGUGUUGCCGCGUCCACAUAACGUUCACCAAAGCAACGCCGCCCAGCCGCAAGUGUUGUACGUGGCGCCAUCUAGUCAAAGUCAAAGUCACUCCCCGUCUACUGCCAGUCACAAGCUCACCACUAGACCAGCACUUGCUCAACAUUAUUCCAGUAGCACCAAUAAGCCCAAACCUACAAGUGUUAGCAACAGUCGUCCACAUGUGACUACGCCCAAAACGGUACCUGGAGCGCCAUCUGCUGGCGAGAGGCCCGAGUUCUCGUCACGCAUUCCGACGCAGCCUCCCCACAGGCACAGUAGUCGACCAGCAUCAGGGAUGUCCACUGAUUCUUUCGUCCUGACGAACUCGUUGAUUGUGUAUACCAAACCAGGAUGGCAGAGUACCACGGAACCAGCGUUCAUCACUAAUAACAAGCAUCAUACAGAUAAGCAUUCCGAUAGGCCGACGUCGCAAUUUUUUUCUGUGACGACAGAGCCUCCACCAGCCUUUGUCACCAAAGUGAAGAAACCUACCAGCUACAAACCGAAAAAUAAACCGACGAAAAAACCGGUGCAGGGGACGACGAAUAAAUAUAGCACCAAGUACGGAGCUAAGAGCACUCCUAGGCCCACUACCACUAAAAGGCCUCUAGAAGACGAAACAACUGCUCAAGCCAAUGCGACUCAGGAUGAGAAGCCAGCUAAGAAACCCAAUACUUCACCGUUGCUCAUGUCUCUUGGAAACAAAAAAAUUGAAUGUGGUGUUCCUCAGAUGUACACUAAGCCACAGACUAGGAUAGUCGGGGGACGUAAUGCUCCUUUCGGAAGAUGGCCUUGGCAAGUGUCGGUGAGAAGAACAUCCUUUUUUGGAUUCUCAAGUACCCACAGAUGUGGAGGUGCAGUUCUGAACGAGAACUGGAUCGCUACUGCUGGACAUUGCGUGGAUGACCUGUUAACGUCACAGAUCCGAAUCCGAGUAGGCGAGUACGAUUUCUCCUCGGUGGAAGAACAGCUGCCGCACGUGGAACGAUCCGUUUCCCGCAAGGUGGUGCAUCCAAAGUACAACUACUUCACGUACGAGUACGAUUUGGCGUUGGUGCAAGUCGACAAACCGCUCGAGUUCGAGCCGCAUAUUCUGCCUAUAUGUUUGCCGGGAUCCGAUGAUUUGCUGAUUGGCCAGAAUGCUACCGUUACGGGAUGGGGAAGGCUCAGUGAAGGUGGGACGUUGCCUUCGGUACUGCAGGAGGUGCAGGUGCCUAUAGUGAGCAACGACCGUUGCAAAAGCAUGUUUUUGAGAGCUGGGAGACACGAAUUUAUUCCUGAAAUCUUCCUUUGUGCCGGACACGAAGGCGGAGGACAAGACUCUUGCCAAGGAGAUUCCGGGGGACCCUUACAGGUCAAAAGCAAAGAUGGCCGAUACUUCUUGGCAGGUAUAAUUUCCUGGGGUAUUGGCUGUGCGGAGGCGAAUCUACCUGGAGUUUGCACGAGAAUUUCCAAAUUUGUGCCUUGGAUCCUCAAAACUGUCACGUAACAUUAAAGGGGCAAAUCGUUGAAAUAUGUCAUUAAUUGACUUAUUUCGAAACGUUUACAUGCCGCUUAUCAAAAUUUGGUGCUCCAUAAAUGAGAGACGUUCACAGACGUGACACAGUUAUUUAAUAAAAAGGAAAAAGUGUUACGUCAGCCAGAUUUUGGCAAUAUAACAUUAUUUUAUGAUGUUGUUAUUGUUGAUCAUUGUUUGUUAUAGUUGGUAGUUGUCGUAUUUGUAAAUAAACGAUUCAAUAAAGUAAUUGUAUAUAAAAAAUAUUACCUAAUAGUCGACGUUUUUCUAUAGGAUUAAUCUGUUACUAUUUAUAUUGCAUCUCGGUGAUAUUUCAUAUAUAGAGAGCUAAUUUUUAGUUUUUUGUACUUAUUACAUAUACAUAUUGUAAAUUUCAUAUAUUUUAAGUGUAUUUAUGUGAUAUUUAUAAUAUUAGUGCUUGCCUAUGUUAUUAGUUAUAUGACCUUGAAUAGUUUUGAAUUUAGACAUGUCCAGCGUUAUAAUAUUUCACAAACCCAAAAACCGAUGACUAGUAAAUGAUGUACGUCGAGUCCAAAUUUUAAAAGAAAGGCCAAUGCUUGGUUUGAAAAUUAUACGGUUAUGAUCUUUGAAUCGGUUGUAGGCUCGUAUACUGAAAGAGCACCCAGUAAUAAUUCAUCACAGGAUUAGGUAAGCUAUUAAUCGAAAUUUCAGAAAAAUCCAACCAUUGAAGAAAAUGUAGAAGAUUGAUAUUUUUUUGGGGCUCUGCGAUAUUGUAUGCUCUCAGAAAUAUGUUUGUAAUUGAUUUUUACUUCAUCUCCUAACUUGCGUGCUUUUUUUUAGAGGUAUAGAACGUUAAAUAGCAAUAAAACAACGAUGGAUUAUUAUAUUGACAUGAGUCUUUUUUUAUUUGAAAGAUAAUCUGGUGGCACUACGUAUUCCGCACAGAAUCAUUACUUUCUAAAUAAAACUGCACAAUUUGCGAGCGUUGUUCACGCGUGAGACUAUUCACGAUGAAUUGCCAAGCCAAACUGAGAAUAAAUCACUUGACGGCUGCCAAAUCGGUCGCCAUCUUCAAAAGUAAUGCCAACUUAAAGUUUUAUACUUCGAAAAAAAAACACCCGUUAUAAUACCGAUCAAGGUGCAAAGUUUCGUACCAUGAUAGUCGAUCGUAAUACAACCGAAUAUGUAGUACUAGUGACAUACAAAAUUCUGUGUCUUAGAAGUCCAUUAUUUUUUUUAAUCUUGGCAUGCACUGUACUAUAUUGCUAUUGACGAUAAAUAUGUAAGGUUAGUAAACCGUUUGGACCCGUCCAACUCCAUUAAUUGUGAUAUUCUCUUAAAUCCUUCUCAUAAUUGGAGUUGUCUCUCCUAGACGAUUUAUUUACUAACUUUAUGCCGGAGAAAUUGAUAUAAAUAAAUAAAUAAAUCGACCAGUAAUGUAGAAUAUAUGAUUUUUGUA